UUCAAAUUGCUUAAUUUAUAUAUAAUUUAUAUAGACUUUAUAUAGUCAAUUUUGUGCUUGGUUUCAAUCUAAAGUAAAUUCUUACUUGGCAGUUUUCCCUGACUAUCAGUUAGAUGAAAGUAUGGAUCAAUCUAUGGCUAUAGAUGACUGUCCAAUGUUUCAAAAGUUUGGGAGUUCGUGUACAUGUUUGCACAUUACUGUAUGAAAACUGCUCAACAUUGAUACAAAUAAUUUUAAAAACACUGAUAUUGGAAUUGCACCAAUUGUAGCAGUUUUUAUGUCAUAUGAUUUUUCACGUUGUAUUGUAUAUAAUUUAGGUAAAAAUAGCAUAAACAAAAUGGCCAAUCAUAUACUAGACAAGUUCUUAACAUCCACACAAGAUGCAUAUCGAAAUCCAUACCAUCAAAGUGCCUCUAAAUAUUAUCAACCUCCAAUGCUCAUACCUGGAACAAAUGAUUAUCAUCCAAACCAAGGUACAGAAAAAUGGUUUCAAGAUUACAGACGAUCAAAACGUGCUGAGCAAAUAUUAUCAAAUAAUUUGCUCAUUAUGAGGUCUCCUGUUAGGCCAACAUUGCUUAGCGAUAAACCUGAUAUUGCUCUUGGUGCCCGAAAGGCGCAGAGAGAAGCACGUUUUCCAAUCAUUCACAACAAUCCUCUGUAUACGCUCACAAAUAGGCAUUACGACCGGGAAACAUAUCGAGAUCAAAGCUACAUAAGUGAAACAGAAACUCAUCGUGAUCAGUAUAGAGAUUUAACAGGUAGUAAACACAAGAAGGUUAAUCGAUUUUACUAUCCAUUUCCUGCGAAGGAGACCUUUGAGUUCAGAAAUGUGGAUGCUCAUACAAUUACUGAUUUCCCUGGUCACCACACUGCUGCAAAUGAGUUUGUUUAUUUGAAGAAGAGAGAAGAUUGUCCUUCAUAUUUAAAAUCAGAGACAAAAUAGCCACAAACAAAAAUAGUAUACACUGGUAAACACCAUCAGUGAGAUAUUGUACAUAGACAUACACAGAUCUUCAUAGGUUCUUGUUAAUUUGAGAGGUAUAUUUACGUUUCUAACAUCAAUAUCAUACAUAAACUAUUCUUGUUGUCUGAAAAUUGACUCUUUUAUAUAAUUUUUUUCAACUCAGAAUUUAAUUUUUAAAUAUUUAAAUAAAACAGAUUUAAAUUAUCUUCUACAGUAUUGUUCCUUGUCAUUGCUUUGACUCUUGUUGUAAGCAUACGUAAAAAACCUACGAAACGUCCUGUGCGAGGUUCUCUUUAAUAACUAUAAAAAAGCUGUGUAGCUUUGAUAUGCUUUUAUUUUCUUAUGGUAUGACUAUGAAGUUGAAAUUUGUAGUUGCUUCUUUGUUUCAAAGUAAAAAAUGUGAAUCAGCAUAGUUUUAGAUUCCAAAUAUUUACUACGUAAUACUAUGCUUUGGAUUUGAUAGAAAUUAAUAAAUGUAAUUAUAAUUGAUUUUUAUAUAAAGUUAAUAAUAUAAAGUUAAUGUUAUAUAUUUUAAUUCUUUUAACGCUUCUUUUGUACUUAAUAUACAAUUUAUUUAACGCAAAUGCUACAGUGGGUGAUGUUUUUAGGAAAAAGUGAACAGUUAUGGGAAUAGACUUUAAACAGUUUUGCUCUAAUUUUUUAAAUGUGAACUCAAAAAGGCUGAUCCAAGCCAAUUAGGACAUUGGUAUACUAAUUUUGGGGACAUCUAAUUUGGGCGCCCAACUUAGAAACACACUAUUUAAAAUGCUUCAAAAUUGCAUUAUCUCUUAUUUUCUGGAUAUUUUAUAACUUAUAUUUAUAUGUAUUUUUAAUCACAGAGAAGAUAUAUUUUCAUGAAGGAAUUAUGUUCUAUACUAAAAAAGGAAACGAUAUGAUAAACCCAUAUAUUUUUAUUGCCCUAAAAGUUUUUUUAUCUUCAGCGCUAUGGACGCCCAAAAUAAAUUUCUGGAUCAGCCCCUGACACAGUUUUAGAUUGUUGGAAAUUUAUACUGUCAAUGACACAAUUGUUUUUUUUCGCUAUUUUCUUUCUUUUAAAUUUACUGAAAAUUUAUUUUGUUUUUGGUGUGUUACAAAAAAAUGUAGCAAAUAGGAUUUAAAAUUGUUUGCCUAAGCUUUGUAUCUUAAAUUUUUUUCAUGACAAUUUGUAAAUGAGAAAGAUUCUAAUCUUAAAGUUUUUAUGGAAGUAAUCUUUUCUGCUUUAAUAAAAGUACGUCUUUUUAGGUUUUUGUGCAUAAUAACAUUUGUAUGAUAGCCUUUAAAUUGCUAGUUUUUAUGAGUUUGUGUUGUGUAUAAUAAGUACAAUCUAAAUAUUUUAGCUUUGUUGUUUAUAAGCUACCUGAAACUGAUAACUUUUAAAAUAAAAUUUUUAUCAACUUUUCUAUAUUUUAAAGAAGGUGUGAUGUUGGUUUA